CCUCUGCAAACAGCUGUCGGGAUAAUCACCUGGUAGCUCACAGCUAAUGAGGGGAACAAGUAAAACCCUAGCUAUCGCCCCGUCCUUCCAUGGCGCCGCCGCCGGGGUUCCUCGAGGUGCGGUGUGCGGGGUGCGGCGAGACUCUAGAGGUGGAGCACGGCCUCACGGAGUUCGGCUGCCCCGACUGUGGCAUGGCCCAGGCGCUCCCGCCGGAGCUCAUGCCGCCGCGCCCCCGCCGCGCGCUCCCGCUCCCCGGACGAGGCGCCCCCUACGCCGCGGCCACCGCGCCUGCGCGGGUCGCCUGUGGCGGGUGCGGAUCCGUGCUCAGCGUGCCGCACGGCCCCGGGCAAUUCGCCUGCCCGCUCUGCGGCACCGAGCUCGCGCCCUCCCCACUUGCCGCCGUUCCAGUCGUGGUGACACCCGCCGCUGUCCCAAUCUGCUCCACCUGGCCGGCGAAGCCCUCUGAGGUGCUAGAUGGGAUUUCAAGUCAAUCAGCUCGUUCUGGAACGGUUCAAAAGCCCAUUCAUUCAGAGCAGGUGCUGGAUGGGCCUUCAAGUCAAUCAGCUCGUGCAGGAACGGUUCAAAAGCCUAUUCAUUCAGAGCAGGUGCUGGAUGGGCCUUCAAGUCAGUCAGUUCGUGCAGGAACAGUUCAAAAGUCCGUUCAUUCAGAACAGACAUAUGCACAACGUCCCAAGCAUUAUUUUGGAGAGGAGUCCUUCAAUUCAUUCAGAGCUGACACAAGGACACAAAUUGCUGCAGUAAGGAGGCUACAAAAUGAGCCUCCUAAUCCUUCCAUCCAUAGGGAGGAGUCACAUAUCGAACCACUCCGGCCUGGCAAGAAGAAAUAUAGAUUUGUAGUUGGUCCAAAAUAUGGUCAAGCAGGAAACUUACAGGAGCAUCGUCCUAUUCAGGUCGUCCAUGCAUCGGAGGCACAAGGAAAGCCGUCAAAGUCUUCAGUUCAUACGAACCAGAUAGAAGGAGGAUUUCUCGAUGACGCGAUUACAGUGCACGACAAGCAGAAAACUAAACAUGUGGUUGUCCCUAGUGCUAUCGAGCAUGAGCAAUCCGGUCAAGCAGAAAACAUACAGGAAGAUUAUCAUAAUAUUCAGGUCCCAGAGGCACAAGGAAAGUCUUCAGUUCAUGCAAACCAGGUAGAAGGAGGAUUUCUCAAUGACGCGAUUACAGUGCACGACAAGCAGAAAACUAAACAUGUUGCUGUCCCUAGUGCUAUCGAGCAUGAGCAGAUAAGUUCUCUGCAUCAGGUUGUCGAUGAGCAUCAGGGAGGUGAAAUUCCUAGUGAUGUGGUUCACUUGGAGCAGGAUAAGGUGGACUUUUCAUGCGAGGCAUCAGAAAAAAAUAAAAAGAGCGCCCAAACUACUAAAGGAAAUCAGAAGAGGAGAAAUAAGAGUUUGAUGAAUGAUCCAAAAGAGUGGUGUCAUCUUAGACGUAGUAAGCGCCUGUCAAAGGGAUCACCAGACCGUAUUGAUACUGAGCCUAUCCAGAAGCGUGUUGCUUCCCCCAAUCAAAAUAAAUCAGAAGCUAAACAGAUUGAGAGUACCGUAGCUGAUCCAGACCCUAGUUCACCAACUCGGUACCGAUGUCCUCUAGCUGGCUCUAGUGAAUUGGAUAACAUAGAUGCCACUACACCACCUACUUUGAAUCAUGGCACGCUACAAACUAAGCAGUCCCCUCGCUGCUACAGUCAAAUGUACUCUCCGGAGACUGGGUGGGCACUUCCUAAUCCUAGCUCUAAUUCAUGGAAUGAGCAUGAGAGUCCUCAAAAAAGCUUUAAUGGGAUUGAUCUGCUUGAUAGAAGUGAUGAAGGAGUAUGUUCAAAUCCAUCUGAGGAUCAAAAUCAGUAUAUGGAUGGACAAGUAGCAGGAGCGGCUUGUAGUGGCCAGAACCACUCAGAGCAGGUGCGAUUCAAGUCUCACAGCAAGAACUUUGCAGAGAAUGGCAGGCAGAUAAACUUGGCUGCUUCAUGCAGCCGCCUUGCUGCCUUGUUGCCGGUUCCUGGUGCCUCUACUUUGCCCACCAUCGCCUUGCUUUCUUCAGUUGAAGAGCUACCUUGCAGCAGUCCAACAACGCCGCACCGCCAACCACAGCCUGCCAUCUACUCCCAGGAUGCACAGUGUGGCGAUAUGCUAUCAGGAUCUCUUACUGAGUCAUCAAAAAAGCGCAGGGGGCGCCGCCCUGCAGUUCUAAUGGAACCACGCAAAGAAGCUGAUAGGCCUGUGUUGACACCCAAUGGUACACACAACUGGAGUGUGCAACCGCCAUGUCCUAAGGUAUCAAAUACCCUGUCCCUUCUUAUCAAGCAGAACUAUCCUGGAACCUAUGUAUCAGUGGAUACCGAUGGAAAACCCUGUGAGCUUGUGGUUCACUAUUGGCACCAAUAUUCUUCAGCCGUAAAGGCUACUGUGUUGGAUGAAUUCCUUAAACGAUACAAGUGGCCCCCUGCCCAGGAAGAGGAGUGCCAAAAGAUCUUUGACCGCAGAGCAGUUAGACAAUUAGUUAACCUCUUUUGCUACGAGAAGCAAAGGGUUAGAGAGGAGUUGGCAGCAAAAAAUUCCAAAAGAACUUCUAAAGUCGGUGGGGCCAGUGGUGAAAUGGCAUUAGCAACUGGAGAUGAAUUCGUUGUGUUGAUUGAGCCCGAUGAUCCGCAAAAUUGGAAACCAUUUGUUCCUGAUUGGAUGCAACCCACAUGGUGGGAAAUGUUGUGUGACCAUUGGGCCAAAGACGAAUUUAUGAAGGUGUCUUACCAAAAAAGAAAGAAUCGUAAUGCAGGAAACCACCCCUGUAAUACUGCAGGCUCGCGAAGCAUAGCAAUACAUCAGGACCUUAUGGAUACCAAGUAUCAACAUACUGAGAAGGCCAGGGAUACUCUGCGAGACCUCCAUCCUGUGCAGGAGCAGGUGGGGAGCUCGAAGCGUGGGAUGUACUACGAUACUCCUGUUGUCAGCAAGAAGGCCCAGAUUGAUUCAUCGUCAAAAUCCUCCCCAGAUUGUUUCAGCAAACAGGUACAACAUCCAAAGUUCACACAGGAACAGGUGCAGCAGAUGAUUCAUCAAGCUCUAGAAGGACUGAAUAAAACUUGGGAGAAGAAGUUUCUGUCCUUGGAGCAAAACAUACGCAGAACAUCGUCCUCGUCACACAUGGUUCCCGUCAGUGCUAAGGGGUCAGUGGUGGCUGUUACGCGGGACAAGGAAUGCCAGCUUGCACGCCAGGAUACGUUAGAUUCGGUGGAGGCAGAGGAAGAUCCAGCUGCUAGAGACGAAGACGAGGACCAGGAUGAUCAUUGGAGUUGAGCCAGCGUAGUACUAGUUUGCUGUGGCUAUUCAAAGUUCAACCCCCCCAGAACAGGUGCAUUUUAUUUGCACGGGAGCAGAAGCAAGCAGCCCUGCAUGUAGUAGAUCAGGGAGGGUGUAACUGUAAAUCAUGUGUACAUAUUGCAACUGAACCCUGUUCUCUGUAGUGUCUUCUCGUGCCUUCAUUCCA